AUGCCUGGCCUAUGGGCCAGUUUCAACAACAAUAUGAUCAUGGCCGCCGCUCAGGGUUUCCUGGCCAGAAGUGGAAACCAGGAGCUAACCCUGUCAUGGGAUCGGGUCCGCAUACGACCCAUACGCGAUAGCGACGAAAAUGUGCUACAGUAUGGCUCGAAUGAUUCUUGGGCAGUAUUACGCCUACUUUGUGGAGAAGCACAUCUGCGAGUGGGGUAUCUGUCUAUACCCUUGAUGAUGAUGGACCGGCCCAAAUCGCAGCAGGUUCUCGCAGCACAUCCUCUGCGCAACUUGCACACGUUACACCUCGCGUGCGGCGAUUCGAAUUACGCAUCGGACCCCUUCGCUACGUUACAACCUGAAGCUCUUCGUGAGCUGUCUGUCAUUGGCUUUAUCCAGAGGAUGGAUUGGCGUCGAGCAGUUCAAUGGCUGUGUCAUUUGCGUACAAUGACGCUCAACUUCGAUCGCAUAUGGAGCCUUGCCGCAGAGUACUCUGGGCUACCAGCAGCGAUGAGCUCGUCCCAAGCUAUAGAGCUACUGUCGGCCAUAGCCGAAAUCGCUUCUCUUGAGAGUCUACGCAUGUUGAACCUCCCAGAAGACAUGGGCGUGGAAGGACUGGACGCAUCCAAGUUCACACUCACUGCGUGCCGCAACGUCGAGCUGAGCGGCGACGAGGACGCCGUGGGAGCCUUACUCGGUGCUCUCGCUCUUCAUCCCGAAGUACGACUACGGGUGAACAUCCGUCUACGGGAGCCGGAUACCGCUCCAUCCAGGUCAUUGGCCUGUUCAGCGAUUCUCGCCCAUUUGUCUCGAGUGGACGCACCACUCUCAUCUGUCUUAUUCGAGCAUACUUCCGAUCAACCUGUCUUUGGAUUGCUCCCUGCACGCAACCAUUCCACAGUGAACCCGCGAUGGAAGCUCGAGGCGCAUCGCUCCGAGAGACCUGACGAGGGCUCCGCGCCAAAUCUUACCGUCUCCUUCCAAUCGAGUUCGCGUACUGGUGACGGAAGGGCAUGGGAUACCCUCAGUUCAGAGGACGGGGAGCUCGCGCGCAUUGUCAACGCCAUGGGCAACGGCACAGUCGCUCUCCACCUAUCGGCUGAAGACGGUGAUGCCGCUCGCGUUACGCAGGAUGUCUUGCGUCAGCGACUCAAGGGCUGGACAAAAGUCGAGCACCUGUAUGUCUCUGGCGCAGAGCUCAAAGGCGUUGUCAUUUCAGAGCUCUCCAACGGGUCGAGGUCAGAAAGAGGAAUACUUUUUCCACGCUUGCAAAUUCUGACUCUCGUCAACGACGGGCUUGAUGCCAAGCGGGCUGCCGCAUCCACGGUCGAGGGUUACGAGAUACGAGGCGGCUCGUUAUGGAUCCCAAAGCUGAUCCACAUGCUACAAAAGCGAUCGAGCGCAGGGGUGCCUAUACAAUAUCUGCAGGUUCCAUCUCAUCUGGAAAGGACGCAGACGGAGGCGUGGUAUCGGGACCUUGUCAGCCUGGUGGAUGUAGUGACUUUUUGA